AUUGCGUCAUUUGUUUAGAAGUUGCAGCGUGUACUGCUGAGAGUAUAUCCAUGGCUAGCUAUGUUCUCUAGCGUUUUUCCUUUCUUCAGACUCUCAUAAAACGGCAGCGAGAACUCUGCUCAACAUCAUUGGGAGAACGUUUCAUACAAAGUCUGACAGCUUUUACAGACCAUCUACCACGAGCAAUGUCUCUGACGGUGAAGGCGUUUCUGUACAGGCGGAGCUGGAAGGAGGAACCGACGGAGAUCCGUCGUUUCUCGCUCGACCAAGACGUCUCCACGAGCUACUCUUACCUCGUGCAAAAGUUGGCGCAGGUCUUUCCCUCUGUUUCCGCGGAAGAGAUCAUUCUGUCUUGGGAAGAUGCUGAAGGAGACUAUGUCAACAUCUCAAGCGACGAAGAGCUGGUGGAAGCUCUUGACCAAUUUGACGGUUCCAUCUUCAAAUUCACCUGAAAAAGAGAGAGAAGCCGCCGUGUUGUCCGCAGCCUGUUUUCUGCCCACUGCUUGCCAGCCCUCGCGACGGCGCCGGCCUCCCACGACAAACAGAGAGAGGAAGAGACAAUGGAGGAGCAGGUUCCGAGUCUGGAUCCCAGCAGAAAGCCGAGGCCCACACCACGUCCACGUUAGUCUGCGACGGCUGCAACUCUGAAUCUAUGGCGUGCGCUACAAGUGCCUGGGUGUGCAGACUAUCGAUCUCUGCUCCUCGUGUGAGAAGAGGGGAGAGCAUGUGGAGCAUAACAUGGUGUCAAUCAGUGACCCCCCAGAGUUACAAUCCCUGGGGGUUCCCUCACGGGGGGCGAUGCGGGGGUCCGUGGAGGGGGAGCGAGGGGAGGACGACACUAGUGGGGUCCGCAGGCAUCACGGAGGACCGUGGGCUCACGGAGGGCCGUGGGUUCCUCCGUUUUUCCUCAAACUUCCUCGAGGUCACGUGGGGUGGAGAGCCUGGCGCAGGGCAGCAGAACCCGCCCCACCAGGAGAGAAACCAGCUGGAGCCAAGCCAGAGGAGAUGGAAACAGAGGAGGGUGUGGGCUAGUCGGGGCAAACAGCGAAAGAGCAGCAACAGAGCUACACCUGCAGGACAUCGGGGAAGCCGUUUCCACUUUCCUUCGUCGUUUGGAGUCAAGGUGACGUGGACGUAGUGGAUGAUGAGCAGCCAAAGAAGACAGAGUCUCAAGCGACACCUCUGACCCUCCCCCUUCAGCCCCCAGUAAAGUCCUGAAGCAACACCCUGUAUCCAACCGUGGACGAUGCUAACCACCGCUGCCAGUGAAGGCAGGUCGGACACAUUGAAGCGGCACUGUCCAGUUGCAGGAAUGGGUUUGAUAACGAGGGGGGCUGGCUCACUGAGCUCAUGCAAGAGCAAAGGAGGUGAUAUUGGGCAAGGUUCUUCGAUGCCUAGCAUCCAGCACAGAGCGAAUGACCUAUCAUCUCACACACUGCUGACUUUUAAAACCUAUUUAGGCUUGGACCUCGUUGUCAGCAUUUAUAUAAGUCUAUUGUGUGGAUUCAAGAAUAAAAUGUAUGUCAGAUAAAACAUUGGCUGAAAGUAUAUAAUGUACGAGAU